AUGGAGCAAAGAGACCAAAAUAAACACUGUGCAUUCCACAGUGAUUUCGGCCACCUGACCAAUGAUUGUAGGAGCUUGAGAAGACAGGUGGAAGCGUUAAUAGCCAAGGGCAAGUUAACUGAAUACUUGAUUACCCUAGGGCAGCAAAGGCAGCAAGAUCGAGCCCGGGCAAUUCCAAAAGCCGCGGUAGAGAGCCAUCAUGUCCUGGUAAUUAACACAAUUCAUGGCCGUCCGGAAGAAGACAAGCAAUCGGGAAAUUCCUACAGGAUCCAGCUCAAACAAGCCCAUAAGUUACGAAAGAUUGGGGAAAUCAAUACCGUCGACUGCAAACCCAAUCCAGCACAAGUUUCUUUUCAUAAAGGGGACCUCAGAAGGGUGCAACACCCGUACGAAGACCCAUUAGUAGUUAGUCUACUAGUGGCCAACUGUCUGGUCAGACGAGUACUGAUUGACCACGGCAGUAGCGCUAGUGAUGAGCGCUAA